UAACAUAUUAUUCAGAGUUUCUGUUCAAAAAAUUGCGAGGAAAAGAAGAAAAAUAGUUGUGAGAUUGAAAUUAUUCUUCUGGGUCGCUUUCAUUUCGUCUCACUUCGUUGGGAUUUUGGGACCCCACAAAGCCGUGUGUGGAGCCUCCAACGAUCCUCAACGAGAACAGAAAACGGAGAAGUUUCAAGAUAAUUAUUCAAGAUUGGCUGCAAAUAGGAAACAUCCAUGUUUCGUUUUUGGCUUUGUUGAUCGCUGAACAAGUAAAACAAACGAGUGGGAAAGGAAGGAAGGAAGGAAGUAAGGAAGGAUUGUGUUGUGUUUGGUUUGAAUUUGCUGAUGUGGGUUUUGCUUGAAACGUUACUUGGUGAUCCGGGAUUUGCUCUUACUUACAAGUGUUGUGUGCUGAUCUGUGGUCAGCUUAAAACUUGCUCGUAGUCUCUGUGUUGUCUAAAAGCUGUUACUGUUGUUGUUAUAAGGACGCUCUUUGGGCUGAGAUUUUUUCAUUUGGGAGAAAGUGUUUCGGCGGUGAAGUUUGGUUUUGGUGAUGGUGGAAUUUCACAUUUUUUGAAGUUUUGGAAUCUGGGGUUUUCUAAAGUUGGAAACAUUGUACUGGGGUUUGGUUAAAGUUGUGGUUGUUUUGACUGAUGAUGUUGCGAGGGUUUUGUGAAUUAUACCAGAGCUUGAUGCUUUUGGUGCGUGAAUUAGAUGGGACUAGGGAUUGAUCCAUUGUCCUAAUUUGGUUUUUGGACUGAUAGUGAUUGAUGGCAGCUUCAUCACCCUCACCAAAUUCACCUCCUUUAACCGAGCCACCGCCUCCUAACUCUCCCACAACAACACCACCACCCUCCUCAGGCCCUCCUCCUCCUCCAACACCUGUUGCAUCUUCACCAUCUUCUCAGCCCAAUGCCAAUCCGCCUGAAACCACAAACUCAACUGCCAACUCUCCGCCGCCUACGUCCUCUCCUCCUCCAGCCACACCAUUGUCACCUCCACCACCACCACCUGUAGAAUCAGCACCCCCAUUGGCACCAUCAGCACCUCCCUCAAAUCCACAGUCCCCUCCACCAACAUCACCACCGCCACCGCCGCCUUCAUCAGAUGCCCCACCUCCGUCAACCUCCGGUUCUUCGCCACCACCAGAAACUUCACCUCCACCAUCACCACCACCACCUAGUUAUACUCCACCAGUGAGUUCACCACCACCACCUAGUUCAACUCCGCCAGUGAGUUCACCUCCACCAGUGAGUUCACCUCCACCGCCGUCAUCCAACCCACCUGCAAAUUCCCCACCUCCACCAUCGCCAAAACCACCCAAAAAAUCACCUCCACCACCAUCACCAAUGGCACCUGAGAGUUCACCCUCGCCCCCAGCAUCUUCACCACCGAAAAGUUCACCCCCUCCACCCCCACCACCAAAAUCUGUUCCGCCCACAAGUUCUUCUCCACCUUCACCAACAUCUAUUUCCCCUGAAGAAUCACCUCCUCCAUCAGCAUCAAUACCUCCCAGGAAUGCACCCCCACCUCCUAGGAUUACUCCUCUCGCUCCAUCAGGUUCUAAUCCAACACCUUCGCCUAAAAAGUCUCCUCCAAAGCAAUCACCCCCAUCACCUAUUAUACGCCUAUCACCUCCUCCUUCCUCACCUGUGUCCCCCCCACCACCUUCUCGUUCAAUCUCACCGUCGGAUAAUGGAACUUCGAACAAUUCUGACCCCAAUGUGCCAGGAAGUGCAAACUCCACUGGUGGUAAUGGAGGAAUUGGUACAGGAGGUGUAGUUGCAAUUGGUGUGGUUGCUGGCAUAAUAGUGCUUAGUCUCAUUGGGUUGGUUGUCUGGUGUCUAAGAAAGCAAAGGAAAAAGAUUUCAGGCCGUAGUGGUCACAUUAUGCCAUCUCCUCUGGGCUCUUCCCCCAAAUCAGAUUCAGGCUUCUUGAAGGCACAUUCUUCCGCUCCCCUUAUAGGAAGUGGUCCAAGCAGCGAUUUUGUUGACUCUCCCACAGAACCAGGGGGAUUAGGCAAUUCAAGAUCAUGGUUCACAUUUGAAGAACUGGCUCAGGCCACAAAUGGCUUUUCAGAUCAGAACCUUUUGGGUGAAGGAGGAUUCGGUUCUGUAUACAAAGGACUUCUACCGGAUGGGAGAGAAAUUGCAGUGAAACAACUAAAGAUUGGUGGAGGCCAGGGUGAAAGAGAAUUCAAAGCUGAAGUCGAGAUUAUUAGCCGCAUACACCAUCGUCAUUUGGUUUCACUAGUUGGCUACUGCAUUUCUGAGAAUCGCAGGCUGCUUGUCUAUGAUUACGUCCCUAACAAUACCCUUUAUUACCAUCUUCAUGGGGAAGGUUGGCCGGUUUUGGACUGGGCAAUACGAGUUAAAGUUGCAGCUGGUGCAGCUCGUGGAAUCGCAUAUCUUCAUGAAGACUGUCAUCCUCGGGUCAUUCACAGGGAUAUCAAGUCAUCAAACAUUCUUUUAGAUGACAAUUUUGAAGCUCGGGUUUCAGAUUUUGGGCUAGCCAAAUUGGCCCUUGAUGCGGAUACACAUAUAAGUACACGUGUUAUGGGAACCUUUGGAUAUGUGGCCCCCGAAUAUGCAUCAAGUGGAAAGCUAACUGAGAAAUCUGAUGUGUACUCUUUUGGUGUUGUGCUUCUGGAGCUGAUUACCGGACGGAAGCCUGUGGAUGCAUCCCAACCGUUGGGUGAUGAGAGUCUAGUUGAAUGGGCUCGACCUUUGUUAAGUCAUGCACUUGAGAAUGGGGAAUUUGAUGGUCUGGUGGAUCCAAGGCUUGAAAGGAACUACGUUGAGAGCGAAAUGUUUCGGAUGAUCGAGAUUGCUGCUUCCUGCGUGCGACAUUCAUCUGCCAAGCGGCCUCGGAUGGGACAGGUCGUUAGAGCUUUUGAUAGUUUAGCUGCCUCAGACAUAACCAAUGGAAUGAGAGUUGGCGAGAGUGAGGUAUUCAAUUCAGCACAACAGUCCGAAGAAAUAAGAUGGUUUCGAAGAAUGGCAUUUGGCAGCCAAGAUUACAGCACAGAUUUUUUCAGCCAAGACAGCUUGAAUAGUGGAGAAACCAGAGUAAAUAUUGCAGAGACUUGAAUCCAAGGGGUCAAUCACGUAGUUAAAUUUAGCUUCCACAUAUAGAUAUAGAAAUCAGAUUUUUUGUCCUGUAAUUAGUACAAACACAAUGAGCAUUUUUCAUAUCGGUCAAUAUCAAUAGUGGUCAUUACUUGUAAUUCAAUUUUGUUACAUGAAAUUCUAUGUACAGAGGAGGCAAAUACAUGCUUCUGUUGAUUUCUU